AUGAAGACUUCCGCUUUCGCUACGACUGUUUUCUCCAGCCUGGCUGCCGCUGCCUCUCCCUACUGGUACAUCACCAACCUUCAAUCUCUCGAUACAACUUCUCCUACGGGGGAGAGCACUCUUCAAUUUACAUUCGAAGAUGCAAGCACUUCAUUGGUUACCAACUGCUCAUAUGUCAACGUGCCUGGAUCUGCCCGCCCAGUCACCGUGUUAACCCCCACACCCUGCGAAAACUCGCAAGUGCUCUAUACUUAUAUCAAAACCAGCCAAAAGACUGGACAAUUCAACAUCACCCUUCAGCAUCUCAACGCUGCUGGCAAUCUCCAAGGAAACCAGUACGGACUUGGAAUCGCCGACCUCGCUUGCCAAGCAGACGAGGCCCAAGGCUCAACAGCCUGCUUUGCCGCGAAUACUGAGAUUAUUCCUGGCCCUGAAACCGGCGCCUAA